UAUGCUCGUCAAAGCAUGUCCUGUCUUACUCUGUUUCCUGGCGUGUACUAUUCCACCAAAACAUCACGAAAGGACCUGCUGGCACUGGACUUUGAGGGAAUCCUGAAAUACUUCAGAGUGUCGCUGCCGAAGAAAUAUCGCACGGAGGAGCACGCGCGCGAGUUACUGCAGGUCGCCAUGGGUCUCAAGAAGUCCAACAAGAAGUUGAAGAAGUAUGAGAAGGAAUACAUAACAAUGAAGGAGCAGGAGCUGCAGCAGGAGGACCCUGUCACUCGCCUGGAGCGAGAGAACAAGCGACUGCAGGAGGCAAACAUGAGGUUGGAGCAGGAGAAUGAUGACCUUGCCCACGAGCUGGUGACGAGCAAGAUAGCCCUGCGUAACGAGCUGGACAUGGUGGAAGACAAGGCAGAGACCCUGCAGAAGGAGCUGAUGGUCACGCACCAGAUGCUGACGGAUGUAGAGGAGGACAAGGCAAGACACGAGCUGGAGUCAGUGCAGCUGAAGGAGAUGUGUCGGCGUGAGCUACAGCGCAGCGAGGGCGAGAACUCGCGCAACACGGCCAUCAUCGUCGACUACAAGCAGAUCUGCACGCAGCUGAGCGAGCGACUCGAAAAAGCAGCAGACGGCCUCGCGGACGGAGAUGGCCAGGAUCAAGUAACCGAUACAGUCGUGCAGCGAGUGCUCGCGCCUGUCUCGCCCGACGGCAAUGCCGCGCGGCCGUUCGUUCGGCGCCGCCGCAAGAGAGGGCGCCGGCCGACACGACGACCGCGGCUUCGACGCGCCGAGGACGCGAGCGGGCGUCGGCGAGGCUCGGGCAAGGACAGGCCUGACAGAAUUGCAGAGUGGUAUGGGUGGCAGGGCGAGUAG